AUGGAGGUGGCGGGGGCUCAAGCCCGCGCGGUUCCCCUCUUGCUCCGCCACCCCGCCUCCCUGCGGACCUCCGUCUCCGUCUCCUGCACGGGCUCCCGCCGGAGCUGGGCAGCGGCGGCCACGGCGGAGGGGGACGAGACCCGCGGCUUCGACAAGGUGCCCAUGGACACCCCCGGCGCGUACCGCCUGGUGGACCGGACCACCGGCCGCAGCGUCAUCGUGUGGGGCGGCACCGACGACGGCGACGAGGCCGCCAUUCCGUCCCCGGCGGUGCUCUCCAGGACCACCGACCGCCGCCGCAGCCAAGCUGGUGGGGGAGGUACAGGCAUCGGGAAUUUUGGCAGAUUGAAGGCACAGAAAAUAAAAUCCUUGGUCACAAGAGGCUACUUCUGGUUCCAAAGGAUGGGGAACAUUGCUGAUGUUACUUACGGACGGCAGAAUCAGAAGCAAAGGGAGCCUCUAAAUUUCCCUCAAAGAAAAGGGCCUUUGGACAGUGGGUUUUUCAGUCUCAGAACUUUUAAGGAGAUUGGCUGCAGCGAUGAAAUCCUAGGUGCAUUGAGAAAUUUUGAUUUCCCUCGUCCGUCUCAUAUCCAGGCUAUGGCAUAUGGCCCUAUCUUGGAAGGGAGGAGUUGUGUUAUUGCUGAUCAAAGUGGGUCUGGCAAGACACUGGCAUAUCUUUGCCCUAUAAUACAAAAUUUAAGGAAUGAAGAAGUUCAAGGUCUCCAUAAAUCAUCCCCUAGGAACCCCAGGGUGAUAGUAUUGACCCCUACUGCUGAACUUGCUUCUCAGGUACUUAACAAUUGCCGGUUGAUAUCAAAAUCUGGGGUUCCAUUUAGGUCUAUGGUUGCAACCGGAGGAUUUCGACAGAAGACACAGUUAGAAAGCCUCGACCAAGAGCUUGAUGUAAUUAUAGCAACACCUGGCCGAUUCUUGUAUCUGCUUCAGGAAGGCUUUGUGCAAUUAGCUAACCUCAGAUGUGUUGUGUUGGAUGAAGUGGACAUUUUAUUUGGCGAAGAAGGUUUUGAGCAAGUGUUUCAUCAGUUGAUUACUGUUGCACCAGUGACAACACAAUAUCUUUUUGUGACUGCCACUCUUCCUCUUGAUAUCUACAACAAGGUUGUUGAAACCUUUCCUGACUGUGAGGUUAUCAUGGGACCCGGUGUACACCGAACGAGCUCUCGUCUUGAAGAGAUUCUUGUGGACUGCAGUGGAGAUGACAAUGAAGAAAAGAAUCCAGAAACAGCAUUUUCGAACAAGAAAUCAGCACUUUUAAAGAUUAUCGGGGAAUCUCCUGUCCACAAAACAAUUAUUUUCUGCAACAAGAUUGAGACAUGUAGAAAGGUUGAGAAUGCGUUGAGGCGGGUUGACAGGAAAGCUUCACAAAUCAAAGUUCUCCCCUUCCAUGCUGCGUUGGAUCAGGCCCAGCGCAUCACAAACAUCAAGGAGUUCCUGAACAAGCAAACGGCUGACUCCAUGUUCCUUGUGUGCACAGAUAGGGCAUCGCGGGGCAUCGACUUUGUGAACGUGAACCAUGUGGUGCUCUUCGACUACCCCCGCGACCCGAGCGAGUACGUGCGGCGCGUUGGGCGGACGGCCCGCGGCGCGUCUGGCAACGGCAAGGCGUUCGUGUUCGCAGUGGGCAAGCAGGUGUCCCUGGCCAGGAGGGUGAUGGAGAGGAACAUGAAGGGGCACCCGCUGCACGACGUGCCGUGCGUCUAA